CACAGUACAGACGCGCGAUGUCUCCUCAACGCAUAACACCGUGUCCCUGCGACAUGUUCAUGAGCCUUCCUGGAAAAAAUACUUACGUUUGCGUCGGCUUGAGAACUCGCGGUUGAAGAAAGUUUCCAACCACUGUAUUACAUCAGCCCACCGCUUUAUCAUCCUCGGGCCACGUGUCUGGAUCAUCCGCAAAAUUUGGAGGUGUCCUGUUCACAGAGUGGGAGAGAAAGGGAUGGAGGGGGAUUAAAUAAGACACCGGCUUGCCAGAAAUUCACCGAAUGUUCAGCUGAUGGAUAUAUAAAGGGAUCCUGUGCUCCAUGUUACGAGUCAGUGUAGUUUCCUCCUUGUGGAAGAACCAGAAUUUCGCUUUCGAGACUAAAAACAAAAAGUCCGAGGUAUCAUCAUGAACCAGUUGACGAUCGUGUUAUGCGCCUUCGCUUCCGUGGCAACCGCCGUUCCUCUGGGUCUGUACUCUUCUACCACGCCGAUUCCCAUUCUGAGGCAAAACGCGGACGGCCCAAAUCCAGACGGAAGCUACAACUACAAUUACGAGACGGCGAACGGUAUCCAGGCACAGGAGAUCGGCUACCUUAACUACCGAGGCACCCAGGCUGAGUCUCGCGAGGCUCAGGGCAGUUACAGCUACACCGCGCCAAACGGUGAAAUUAUCAGUGUGUCCUACGUGGCUAACGAGAACGGAUUCCAACCCCAGGGUAGUCAUAUCCCGUCCGUUCCACCCGCCAUUCUCAAAGCACUCGAAUACAUUGCCGCCCAUCGGGAAGAGCGUCUCGGUGCUCUAUGAAAGGAGACAAACGUGGAUCCAUAUACGACAAGAAGAUCGGUCUUCAAGCUCCUCGACGUUUACAUCUGAAUCAAAGUCGAGGAUGUACAAAAUGGAAACAUUAUUCUUUAUUCGGCACGACUCUCGAUCAUUUUAGUGGCAUUUUGAGCAGAAAUUCGCUUACGAAUUUUCGGAUUCGGAGUUUCCAGGCUCGAUUCGCACGUUACCUUUGUAUUUAUGCAUACUGCUAACGAUUCAAAUUUUUUUUGUAUUUUAAAUACCGAGAUUGUAAGAAAACGUUAAGGAGGAGUACUGUAAAUAAAUUGUACAUUGAUACCUUUA